GGAAUCCGACCUGGAUGCCGACUUAGGCCCCGAUUCCGCCUCCGGCUCGGGACGCCGACAGUUUGUCUUCCUGGUCCGACUCCAAUGUGCAAUUCGGCAGCAUCAUGUGCGCCUACACGGCCCUUCAUCUUGCUGCCAGGGAGGGACACAAUGGAAUUAUAGACAUGCUGCUGGACCACGGCGCCUUGAAUGACGGCUUCUGCCGCUGGUUUUAUAAUUGCCGUUCCCCGCGCAGCCUUUGGCAGAUCCUCGUGGACCCUGAACUUGACCCGUGGGCUCAUGGACAUGACCACGCGGGCACUCGACACGGCGAUUGGAGAAGCAAAACGCCACUUCACAUCGCCAUCUGCUCGUCUCGCAUCGAUACCGCCAAACUGCUCGUUUCACGUGGCGCAGGAGUUGCCCGCAGUUUCGACGUUUUGAGUCUCCCGGCUCACGGCGCCCUCCAUCAAGCCGCCACGGCCGGUUUUACCGGGUUGGUCCAGUACAUCUUGGACACGCACCCAGAGUUGCCCGUUGACAAGCCAGACGAGAAUGGCUUGACCGCAUUUUAUCAUGCGUAUGCCAACCAGCGCUGGGAUUCAACGGCUCCCUACUCUCUUGUCCGUGGAGCCAACAUCAACAUCACCUCUAGGAUAAUUGGGGAUGACGAGAGCCUCAAAACCACGCCGCUCGGGGAGGCAUGCCGUCUCGGCCGCUUCGAAGACGCCCAUGAAUUGAUCGAUAUGGGUGCCGACGUCAGCUUCGGCAUUCUGAGAGAGGCAACGGAAGAAGAUGACUCAGAAUUAGAGGACGACUUCGACUCCGACACCCACAUAUCGCUAUUGCAUGUCUGUAGCAUGGACUUCAGCAGGGACAACGACCUAUAUCCCCGGAAACCUGGUGUCUGGCACCCCGUCUCUUCGCAGAGAUCCUCACAGUCCGCGCUGAUCGCUCGCCUGGUUACAGAGGGCCUUUCCCUAAACUCACAAUGGGGAAAGACCGAGUCAGCCGCCUGCAGAGGUACAACUUUGCGCUACCCCAUGACACGCCGCUCUCCAUCGCCGUAAGGCACCAGAAUCUCGCCGCGGUCGAAGCACUCCUACGUGCCGGGGCGGAUGUCAACUUGCGCGCGUCAUAUGGCAGACUCCUCUCAUGCUUGCCGUCCUCCUGCCUGACUGUGGAGUGUGC